CUGCAACCUUGGUUCUGUGCUGUGAUAUUGUUAUACGAUUAUAUUUGUUAAACUUCCGUCGAUGUCGCUCUCCCGGCUUCCUUUUCAGUUAAUUUUUUUUCGUAUAUGGAUCCACUGAUGGUUGAUUUUCCCUAACUCAUUGGACAGAGCUGUUUCUUAGAAAGCUCAAAUUGGCUGUGAGGAACUGAUGAACUAACAGCCACAGAACACACACAGCAAACAUUUUUUGUGCCUGCAACCUAAUCCGAGAAGCUCGUUUCGCAUGCGAUUGACCAUUUUUCGCCAUCAAGAUGUCGAAGUUCUUCAGUCGAUCAGGCAGUCGAUCGAUCCCAACACAAUUGCGUCCUCCAUAUUCCUCCGGACUUGGGAUUUCGAGAUCGAUCCAUGCGAGUCGCCGGGGACUCGCUUCCUCGGAAUUCUAUGCUCCUUUCCCGGCGGUAAUUCCAGCAACCGUGUUAUCGAAAUCAACUUGGAAGCCGAUGGGCUCGAGGGGUUCCUCAGCCCCAUUCUCGGAAACCUCCGGGAGCUCACAUUACUGAACCUGAGUAAGAACAAGUUCCGCGGCCCGAUUCCUGAGUCGAUCGUCAAUGCGACGAAGAUCACCCGACUGAUGCUUCAAGAAAACUACCUGUCCGGCGACAUUCCUCCCGGCCUGAAAAAUCUCAAAGGGCUUGAAAUUCUCGACCUCUCUCGGAACAGGCUAUCCGGUCCCAUCCCCGUCGGGAUAUCCAGCCUGCGCAGCUUGACUUACUUAAGCUUGUCGAAUAAUGAACUCGCAGGCCGAAUCCCGGACAUGACAGGACUAUGGCAGCUCGAGAAACUCGACUUGAGCAACAACGAGCUCUCGGGGAAUCUCCCGGAGCUCCCGAGCAGCUUACGAGCCGUGUUCUUGGGCCAGAACUUGCUCUACGGCCACAUCGCGACCAUCGACCGGCUGCAGCGCGUCGUGCAGCUGCACUUGAGCGGCAACCGGUUCACGGGGCUGGUGAACCAAGGCGUGCUCGUGCUGCCGGUGGUGAGACACAUCGACCUCUCGUCCAACCGGUUCACGGAAAUGGAGGUCAAGAAAAUGACUAGCAAGCGGACGCAGCUGGAGGUCCUCGAGCUGCAGAAAAACCGGAUCAGCGGGCGGCUUCCGUUGAACCUGAUCACGUACAAGAACUUGAGUUCUGUGAACUUGGGCCAUAACCUGUUCUCCGGCGAAAUUCCGACGGAGUACGGGGAGCGUGUCGAGAAAGGUUACUGGAGGAGUUUGUAUCUCGACAACAACCUGCUCGAAGGAUCCGUGCCGGCGGGGUUGGUGAACAGCACCGUCUCCGGCAGCCUCGCGCGCAACUGUAUAACGUGCAACCGUGGGAUUCCGAUGUGCCGCGGCGGCCAGAAGCCGGCGUCGGACUGUAUCGGACGUGGCUAAAAUGCUGCCGGAAAACCUCUAUAUAUAUAUACAUAUAUGCAUGGUUUAUGGUUAGUUGUUGCAUUUGAAUUAUGUAAAAGAUAGAAAUAAGAAUUCAAUCUUUUGGGCAACAUCCGAUCAAAAACAAAGAAUUCAAUCUUUUGGGCAACA